GUCAGUAUUUUAGCAAUCGCAUCCAACAUUAUUAUUACUUUAUUUGAAAAUAUAUACAUGAACAGAAUAAAUAAUAUUAGUGAAGCAAUGGAUGUUUUUAAAAACUUAUCUGCCGUGUUAGCAGCAGUGUUUGUUAUUUAUAUUGUUUACAAAUUUUUAAAAAUACGUAGUGUUUUAAAAAAAGUUUACAAGUUGCCAGGUCCUCCGAAACUUCCGAUUUUGGGGAACUUCAAUGAUUUAUUCUACUCUGAUUCAGUGCAACUAUUUAAAAAUUUUCGAGAAUGGAGUCGAAAAUAUUCACCACUUUAUUCAGUCGUUGUACUUGACAUACCCGUAGUAGUUGUCACUGGACCUGAUGAGUUUGAAAAAAUCGCAUCUGGAUCAAAACAUAUUACCAAAGGAAUGAUUUACGGUCUUGUAGAACCAUGGCUUGGAAAAGGUCUUCUGACAAAUUCAGGUUCCCUGUGGCAACAAAGAAGGAAGAUUUUGACACCUGCAUUUCACUUCAGUAUUCUACAGGAGUUCGUUAAAGUGUUUAAUAAAGAAACUGCUAGGUUGGUCGAGACCAUCAAACAAGAAAAUAAGAAAUCGGCAACAAAUAUAAUUCCACUAAUUUCUCAAACCGCUUUAAACACUAUUGCAGAAACAUCUUUCGGAACAACGCUCGAUUUGACCAAAAAAGACGACAAAAAUUAUGUCUCUGCAAUUCAUGAAAUGGGAAAAAUCUUGAUAUAUAGAAUGGUAAGACCUUGGUUCUAUUCUUUAUCUGUAUUUUAUAUAUUAUCCUCUCUUGGCACUAAACUCAAAGAAGUUUUAUCAAGGCUAAAUAGCUUUACAGAACGCAUUAUACUAGAACGAUCAAGAGAUUUUAAACCUUUCGAAGUUAAUACAGAUGGCGAAACAAAGAGAAAGAAACUAGCUUUUCUAGAUUUAUUGUUGAAUGCAAAACUCUCCAAGGGCAUCAUCGAUGACCAAGGUAUUAAGGAUGAAGUGAAUACAUUUAUGUUUGAAGGACACGAUACAACUGCCACUGGAAUAUCAUGGAUUUUACGUCAACUGGCAACACAUAGCGAAUAUCAGGAUCAAAUUUAUGAAGAAAUCAUAACUGUAUUAGGAGAUGCACAAAAACAGCCAGACCUCAACGACCUAAAUGAACUAAAGGUAAUGGAAAGAUUUAUCAAAGAAACUUUACGUCUUUUCCCUCCUGUACCAUAUAUAGCAAGGACGUUGGACGAAGACAUUGAGCUGAAUGGAUAUUUGAUUCCUAAGGAGGCGUCUAUUGAUAUCUGGAUAUAUGACAUUCACAGAAACCCGAAAUAUUGGCCAGAACCUGAGAAAUUUGAUCCGGAUCGGUUUUUACCUGAAAAUUGUGUUAACAGACAUCCAUUUGCUUAUGUACCCUUCAGUGCUGGACCCAGAAAUUGCAUUGGUCAGAGAUUUGCCAUGUACGAGAUGAAGGCCAUUAUUUGUGGAAUUAUGCAGAACUUCUCAGUGAAACUCGCUGAUAAAAAUGAAAAAGUUGAAAUAAUGACUGAUUUGGUGCUAAGAAGUGCACACGAAAUUAAUUUGAACUUCAUACCUCGUACUAACUAAUAUUUUAGUUUUGUGAAUUAUAUUAUAACGAUCAAAUAAUUUGUUAUUAGAUAACUUUUAUUUACUGUGUUAUACAUUGUAUAGAAUACAAUUGUUAUUGUAUUCUUUUUUUGUAAUUUAAAUAUAAUAUUUUACAUGA